AUGACUGUCUCUGAAGCAGCCCGCAGGCAGAAGAGUAAGGACUUCUCCCACGUUUGGCCUUUCUUAGCCUUGUUUCAGGGUGCUGAUAUCAUGCCAGCUCUGAGCCAAAGCCCAGAUGCUGGGGAGCGGGAGGCCUUCCCUUCCAACCCUCUCUUGUGCCACUCUAUUUUCCUCAGAACUUGGGCCUUACACAUGCAUUUGCCCAGCGAGCAUGUCCUCUUGGUUUUCCUCUGGUUCUCUGUGCUUGACAACCGGACGGAUCAUAGGGCACCAUUCACAGUCUGGUGUCCUCGUUCCCCCAGAGCCUGGCCAGAGGUCUCUCUGCUCAUGGCAAGUCCUCCCGGGGGUCUCAGGGAUAAUUUGGAGAGCCCCAGAGUUUAUUCCCAAACGUUCCUUCAAGCCAGUGAAUGCUUGGGGGAGCUGACGGGGAGGGGUUAUUCAGAUGGCCCUGUGACAGCUAGCAUGAGCAGGGGAAGAGGAGUGUGCCAUCUUGAAACUCCAUCUGGGAAGAGAAAGAUACACGGAUGGUCUCUGAUGUGUGUAUGGCAACAGAGCGCUCCCAGAAAUGAGCCUUCUCUGUCAGGGAGUGAGUGGGGUAUAAUGGAGAGGGUGCCCGACUGGAGUCAGAAGAUGUUUCGGUCCAGGUAUCUGCCUUCCAUAUGCAGUCCUCACUCCACCGAGAGGAGAAGAGGUUUCUCUGUCAGUCCCGUCCUCUCCACUCUGCACGAGUUUGGAGACACCUGUGAGGUGCAGGUAGAUAGCACCAUGGGACACCGAGGGGGCCUUGACCAUUCUUUAAAGUACUUGAGCUCAAGAAUGACGGAGAGACGGCUGCAGGGCUCAUGUGUGUCCAUUGGUCGUGGGGGCCACUGUGGAAAACCAGCCGUGGGGGCCCAGAGGUCUAUGUGCCCCGUGUUCAGCCCCCAGAGUGGCUUCCAUCCUGUCCAUGCGGAGAACAGUUCCAUGAAGCCUCGUGUAGUGACUGUGGUGAAGCCAGGGGGACACCCCCUCAGGAAGAUCACCCUGCUGCUGAACAGGAGAUCAGUGCAGACCUUGGAGCAGCUGGUGGCAGACAUCUCGGAAGCCUUGGGCUUCCCUCGCUGGAAGAAUGACCGAGUGAGAAAACUGUACAGCCUGAAAGGCAAGGAAGUCAAGAGCGUGUCAGACUUCUUCCGGGAAGGAGAUGCCUUCAUUGCUACGGGAAGAGAGCCGUUGACGCUGAAGAGCAUUCAGGCGGCCAUGGAAGAACUGAGUACUGGAAAGCCCCGAGCCCUCACACUAGCUCAGCAUGGCUGGGCGCCAUCGCCACGGCUGAAGAGUAGGCUUUACAGCAAGGCCUUGAAGGCCGAGCAGCACCUAGGGGAAGCAGAGGUCACCAAGAGCCGGAGCCAGGCCUCCCUCCCCAAGGUGGGCACUAAACCUGAAGGGAAAUCUCAGAUCCAGCUGGGCCCUGAGGAGAGGCUUCAGACCCAGAAGAAGUGGGUCCCUGAGAAGCAUGGAAAGCCAGACAGGAAGGCUGGACAGGAGGAGGUCCAUUCCAAUGGAGAGAAGCACCGGGACAGUCAGGUGGAGAAGAGCUCUGGGGAGAUCACCAGGUGUGAGAAGUGUAAACAAGAGAGGGCCCUCUGGAGCACGCAGCAGCGGCGGAAGCUGGCAGAGCUCUCUCUGGGCAGCAGCGAGCUGGACCUGGCGAAAGGCUCCAGGUAUAACCCAGAAAGGAUGGUGAGAAUGAAGAGCUGCAGGGGACCACUGCGGGGGGCUUCCCCAGCUGGGGAGGAAGUCCGGUGGAAGGGUGAGAGCUGGAGGAACAGCCCAAGGACACCCAGCCUGGAGCUGGAAAGACCCAACAAAGUCACGGAGAAGAAAGAGAGAAGGGGCUUGGAAGUCCACGAGCAUCCCGAGCCAGCUCCCGCACCAGCACCAGCAGCAGCCAGAGUCAAGAGGGAAGCAGUGGAAGCUCAGCCCAACCCCGAGGGUGGGCCCAGAGAGCCAAAGAGAGACCCCAGGAGCAUCUCCAGAGCCAGACGGAAUGGCUGGCUGCUGCGCGAGUGCCAGGCCUCUGCGGAGAGGCCCCCAAGAAGCACUGACGUGGAGAAGGAAGAGAGGGAAAAGAAGGGCUGCCUGCCAGGGGGCAGGUGGACGCCUCGUGGGGAGAGGGCCCUGAGCAGGGCAGACAAGGAGGCGAAGAUGCCCGUGGAGGAGCCCAAGCCGGGCCGAGCGGCGGGUAAGAAGCCGAGACUGGCCGACAUCAGCAAGUCUGAUGUGGAAGCGCAUUACCAGGUUGGCAAGGUCAUCGGGGACGGGAAUUUCGCAGUGGUCAAGGAGUGCAGGCACCUGCACAGCCAACAGGAUUACGCUAUGAAAAUCAUCGACAAGUCCAAACUGAAGGGCAAGGAGGACAUCGUGGACAGUGAGAUCUUCAUCAUCCGCAGCCUCUCUCAUCCCAACAUCGUGAAACUGCACGAGGUCUAUGAGACCGCCACGGAAAUCUACCUGAUCCUGGAGUACGUCCGCGGCGGGGACCUCUUUGAUGCCAUUGUUGAAAACGUGAAGUUCAGUGAGCACGAGGCUGCAUGCAUGAUCACAGACCUGUGCGAGGCAUUGGUGCACAUGCAUGACCAGAAGAUUGUCCACCGAGACCUCAAGCCGGAAAACCUCCUGGUCCAGCGAAAUGCAGACAAAUCCACCACCUUGAAGCUGGCUGAUUUUGGCCUCGCCAAGCACGUGGUCAAGCCCAUAUUUACCGUGUGUGGGACGCCCACCUACGUGGCCCCAGAAAUUCUCUCAGAGAAAGGGUACGGGCUGGAGGUGGACAUGUGGGCAGCCGGCGUGAUUCUCUACAUCCUUCUGUGUGGCUUCCCUCCCUUCCGCAGCCAAGACAGAGACCAGGAGGAGCUGUUUGCUAUCAUUCAGCAGGGCCACUUUGACUUCCUCAGCCCCUACUGGGACAACAUCUCCGAGGCUGCCAAGGAUCUGGUGCGCCAGCUGCUGCUGGUGGACCCCAAGAAGCGCUACACGGCCCACCAAGUUCUUGAGCAUCCGUGGAUCAAGGCUACUGGGAAGGCCAACCCUGUUAGCCUGCAGACAGGCAUGACAGCGGCCAGUGAGCUCCCCUCCAGGAGCCAGGGCAGGAAUGCCCCGCAAGGAGACACACAGGGGAGAGGGGCCGCCCUGUGUCUGUGA